AUGGCGGGUGCAUCGCAGCUUGUCGAGGUCGAUCCUGCGGUAUUCCUAGAUCCAACCAUCACCACGAUUCUUGCUGGACCAGAUCGCAUUCGAUAUGCUGUCCACAAAGCACUCCUGUGCCAAAAAUCAGGCUACUUUGCCAGAGCAUACAACACGACCAUGAAAGAGCCCAGUCAGGACACUUUCACUAUCAGUGAUCUGCCAGACGAGGCUUUUCGCACGCUGAUUACUUGGCUGUACACCGGCAAGGUCUUCCUCCAGCCCGGAAAAGAGCCCAGUCUGUCCGUUGCGGUCCCGCCAGAGGAAUCGGAUGAUGAGGCAGAUGACGAUGACGACGACGGAAGCAUCAGAGAUGGAUGGUACCAGGACAGUGACAAGGACCCGGACAGCGGCGACGAUGAAAUGGAAUACGAAGACGAGGACCAACAAACCGACCUAGCUCCGAAAUGGACAUUGAAGGAAAGGCCCGAAGCUUUCCGAAUCUCCCAGGCUUUCCCACAUUCCUCCAAUCUAUCCGACCUCGAUUCUUAUCAGCUCAAUUGCUUGGUUCGCAUGUACGAGCACGAGCCUUACGAUGGUGGAGAUCACAGUGAAUUCCUCGACAAAUGCAAAGCCCUACUCAAGCAAUCCGCAGACAACGAAUCUAACUCGAGAGAAUCAAGCGACCAGGGAGAGCGCGAUACCUACGAUCACCUCAUCGACAUCUACAUCUUAGCCGAUCGUUUCGACAUCCAGGGCUUGCGCAUCGACAUCAUGAAUCUCAUCGAGGAGCACCAAGGCGAGCAAGAGAAAUACAUCACCGACAGUACGCUACCGACUUUGCCGACCAUUGCGAAAGUUUGCGAGAACUUGCCACAUACUUCCGACUUGCGUCUAUGGCUGGUUCAUGGAAUGGCUUUCGAAUUUUCUGCUCAAGCCGCAGAACUUGAAAUUUUGCCGAAGGACUUUUUGGUGGAUGUUUUGGCUACUAUGGGACAGAAGGUGAAGUGGCUUUGGACGAAAGAUGAUUUGCCACAGUAUCAGGAUCAGUGCUUGUGCCACAUACAUGAGUCGGAGGAUGAGGUGAAGCGUAGAUUGGUGAAUGGUGUUGGAGAUUAA